GCACGGCUCAGUAUACUGCGUGGCAGCCUGGACCGCAGGCGCCUCCGGUCGAGGACACCCAGUUCGCGGUUGCGUGUCUGUGCGGCGCGGGUUGCACACACAGUGCGCUUCGUCCGGAGAGAGCGAGGGAGGCUUUUUAGGACGCGUCGCGGCCACGGCGACCCCCGCGUUUCCACCGACCUGCCGUUGCACCACCGUGGCCAUAAACUUCCGACUUCGAGCCUCCGGGAGCUCUCAUCGUCCAUUCAUAAAGUUCGAACUUCGCCGUGUCGCGGGGACAAAUGGGAAUUCGAACUUGGUAUCACCUGCGACCUAGAACCAGCUGAUUCCGCGUCGGCUUUCGAAAAUGGAACAACUCCGGCGACAAACUCGUACGAAGUUCAUCCAGUGUACGCGUCCGCGUUUCGAUUUGAAUCCGUCGGACUGAAUCGAUCCAGUCGUGGAUCGAUGCUCAUCGAAAAGUGGAUUUUCUCGAACAGUAAGCAGAAGUACGUUUUGCACGCGGAUGCUGACUGCUGCUGCUGCUGCUACUACUGCUGUUGGUGCUUGUCCGAUUAGUGGUGCGCGGACGGCCAAGCGUGUACGCGUGUGCGGUGUACACGGGAGACGUACGACGCAGUAUAGACCUAUACUACUGUGACACGUCCCGCGCGGUUCUUCGCUUGGCACGCACGGUGGUUUGUGACCAAAAGGGGUUAGAAAGACGAACAAAGGGAGGCGAGGAAAAAAAAGAGGAAAAGUAGAGUACGGGGAAGAUGUAGUGGUUCGCGAAUGACAGUACGGAGGAGGUGCGAAGCGAGAGCCUGGAGAAAGCGCGAGAGAGAGAGAGAGAGAGAGAAAGAGAACGAGAGAGAGAGAGAGAGAGAGAGAGAGAGAGUAAUGAUCGUGACGACGGUCGUGCGGACAAAUGAACACCUCGGCACAGCGUUUGGGAUAUUCCAAAAAAUUCUACUCGACGAGGAUUUCUCCUCGAUAACGAAAUGCUAAUAGUACAGAGGGUUCGCUGAAUGAAAGAUCUAACGAAUUUGAAAAAGCGACAAUCAAGACUCGGACAAAAGGCUUAAUUACGAUUUUCCACGGUUCAUCGAGCUCACAAAGAUGUGAGGAAUGAUCACGUGGGUGAUGGUCGGGCUGCUCCUGGCUGCGGAAACUUGCGGCAGAAACGUCAUCUCCGGAAACGGAAACGGAAAGGAAGAGACCAAGGGACAGAAGGACGGCUUGAAGGGAGUCACCGCCGAGGAGGAAGACAUCUACCGUCUAACGUGCUACACUUGCGUCAACGUCAGCGAUAACCAGAUGUGCAACGAAUGGGCGAUAGACACACCGUGUCCGGCGGGCGACCGGGACUUCUGCAGAUCGCUGCACAUUUUAGACAGCCGAGGGAAUAGCGUCUUGGUGAGUAAGAGCUGUGCGAGCAGCGCGGAAUGUGGUCCCGCGUCGGUCGGCUGCAUCCCGGUGGACACGCAGCAGGUCUGCAUCAGCUGCUGCGACCUGAGCUACUGCAACAUCGAGUCGCCGACGAACGCGACGAACGCGAUAUUCUCCCGUAAACGACGGGCCAAGUCGAAGUCGAAACGCAAACGACCCGGCAGGAACAACGGGGCGGGGAGCGAUCGGCGGAUUUACGGCGGCGGUGCUCUCUGGCUGAUGGCCUCGCUCUUCUAUGCAUAUCAUUGCUGAGGAACCAGCAACGCGGAAGGAGUCUAGUUAGAAGACACCAGGCAGCACGGGAUUAACGAUCCUCCGAAGCGGGCCACGGAGUAGGAGCGGAGGCGGGCCGAUAAAAACGUCCCGGGAGGCGAGCACCUUUUUACGCGUAUAAAACUCGUUACGUUACUUUGAGAAGCCAACUUUUUUCACCUUGUUUCCAUAAAUCCGCAUUGACACGCGCGUAAAUCGCCGCUUCCUCGAGGAGCACGUUCACCGGUUCAAGCUUGAUCCUCUCAGCCCGACACUCGACUAUUUCCUAUCGAACUAACGACUAAUCCAGCUCGUAUAUCUUCGACUGAUGGCGAAUCACCGUUGUCUAUACAUACUUUUCGUGUAUCAGGUGCGAACAUAUCUACGCGCGCACUCCUCUGCGAGGAAACUUUUUCGAAAAAUUUGUGCCCUACGUAUAAUAACCCCUCUCACUGUCUAUCCACGGAGAUAAAUUGCGAAUCGUGCAUUAUUACGCGAACGUGUAUCUCUCUUAGAUCGGCGUAAGGUAGCGAAUUUAGGAACCUUCUCAUCUUCCCGUUCGUUAACAGAGGAAUAAGAACUCGACUCCCGCGGGAACGGAGGAGGGCCGGGGAGUCAUCGUCCGGUAUAUUCCGGGCGCAAUAAGUCCUGUGCUGUCUGAAGUGCGUAUAGUUAACCGAGGGUCCGUUUCAAUGGCUCUCAGUGAUGGAAAAAGGAAUUGUUCUCUUCUCGUAGUAGCGUAGUUGCCAUGCCUUGUUAGAAAACGAAGCAAGAAAAAAGAAAACGAAAAAAAAAAAAACAGAAAAUAAAGGAAACACACGAACACACGAAAAAGGAGAAAGGUGUAAAGAGCUCGAUAGGGAUUUAAACGGAGCUCUGGUGCCAAAAGAGACGAAACACAGACGAAAAUCGUAUACCUUCCAUGCCACUAAUUUUCUAAAGGCGAUUCAUUUGUUUCGAUCGAGCACGUCAAUGCUAAUAUUGUUCCACGUUUUCCGGGCGGACGUCGAUAUAGAUAAAGGACGACGAGAGCGAUGGGAAAUGGGGAUGCAGAAACAACAAAAACCCCGUAUUGUUCCACGAAAAGCCUCGGAUUCGACACGCGGAAUUUCAUUUGGAUUCCUCCGAUGGAAAGAGAGAUGCGAAAAGAGAAAUGAAACGUUCUCUGCUCCCUGCUGAUUCAUUCAGAAUUUCAGUACCUGCUGGAACAACGAUCGAUCGUUAUCCUCAAGGCACUUGUUAAGUGAACCAGUAGCGAGCGAAUUCCCCGUACGCCACCGUACAUUUUCAUCCGAUAGACAAAGUGACGGAAAGGCUAUUCCUAUCGUUCAAUUCCUGCUCGCGGCUCUGUGUUUGCAUUCGAUUAUACCGCCUUUGUUAGUUGCCGCGGAAACCGACCCUCUGAAUAUUUAACCACUCUUAUGAUUGGACCAAUUCCGUAUCUUUCUUAAAGCCGAACGAGAACCCGUCACUGGGCCGUUGAACGCGCGCGGGACUUUAAUUAACCAGAAUCCUCGAUCGCCGAAAUUCAAAUGAAUUUUUAACUAUCCUAAUGAAAGGGAAUCCUUAAUUAUUCCUCCGCAACACCGCCAUCCCGUGCCGCCUUCAUACCGCCUUCUUCUUUUAAUAAUUUAAUUAUAAUUACCGUCCUCUUAAUUGCUACGCCUUAAUUACUCAUUUCAUCGAAUGCCGGUAGCACGACCGAGAACUUUUUGCCCCCAAGUUUAUCAGACGGAGCCGGUGAGUUUUCCGAGUGUAUAAUAAUAAGAAAAAGGAGAUGAAACCGAAAGGUAAGAAGGGGAUUAGGUUCAUUCCGAAAUCAAUUUCCGUUCGACUCUUAUCGUUCGAUUGUCGCGAGGAGCGUGAGGGCGUUCAGUUUUCAGUCGGUAACGAGUUUCUCAAGGGGAAAAAGUUGGAGUAGUAGGUACGCCGGGCACUGAACAAAACGGCCGGAGUUCUGCUCGUGUGCAUACAGCUCAGCAAAUACAUAUGCAAAUCAUGAAUUAAACGCGAGCGGGAUGGGCGCGCGGGGUUUGAAUUAUCGAUAAACUGGAAUUACUCGUACCUAAAAGCUGUUUACAUACCUAACAAACUCGCCUACUACAGACUAUUCACUGCUAUUACGAUUAUUAACAAUUAUACACGUAAAUAAAUGAAAUACAAAUGAAUAUAUAUAUUAUGAUAUAGAAAUUAUACAUUGUUUCGGCAUGAAGAUGUAAGAAUACUGUUGGUAAUGAAAUAAAGAAGACUAUAAUUGUCAGACUGGCA